CGCGUCACGGCACGGUCACACCACUAUUUACACGCCCAAAAAUUCAAUCAAUUGAAACGCAACGAAAAGCACAAAUAACAAAUAACACGAUGAAAACGGUGGAGAAAUGUGUCCUUUCCGUGGUGGUGCUCUGCUGUCUGCUGCAAGUGGGCCAGGCGAUCAAAUGCUGGGAUUGUCGCAGCGAUAACGAUCCGAAAUGCGGGGAUCCCUUCGACAACAGCACUUUGGCCAUCACGGACUGCCAGCAGGCGCCGGAGCUGGAGCAUCUGAAGGGCGUGCGGCCGACGAUGUGCCGCAAGAUCCGGCAGAAGGUCCACGGGGAGUGGCGCUACUUCCGCAGCUGCGCCUACAUGGGCGAGCCGGGAAUAGAGGGCGACGAACGCUUCUGCUUGAUGCGCACCGGCAGCUACAACAUCUUCAUGGAGUUCUGCACGUGCAACAGCAAGGAUGGCUGCAAUUCGGCCGGUGUCCAUCGGCUCGGCUGGCUGGGCGUCCUUUCGGGCACCCUCAUUUCCGUCCUGGUGGCGCAUCUCCUGCGGCAAUAGUUGGAUGGGAGUCCUCCGUUCGUAGCCAUUUCCACGCUUCCUUUGGCGCAAGACUGUACGGGAAUAAUAGGAAAGGAUUUACUAAAUUUAAAACCCUACUUUUGGGCCAAGAUUCGUUAUAAACAAGCGUAUAGAAAACAUAAAACUUUAUAUUUUAACAUCUAUUAGCUUCUUUAGAUCCCCUUAAAUUGUAUGAGACUUUAAAAUCCUAAAAAUGUUUCCAAACUGAACAAGUAUUCCAUAUUAUUUAUGAUUUACUUGCAUAAUCCUCUAUCAAUAGUCACCAAUUCAAUUUGUUCUGCUAAACAUCAAGUAACCCAAAAUUAGUUUUCUGUGAUCUAUAUUCUCUAUAUAUCAGUUAAUACUACAAAAUCCCUUUUUAUGAUUUACGAACAGUCUUGCUUAAAAUGAGCAAUGUGUACUAAAGUGCCUUUCUGUAAACCACUCGAAACUAAACUUAAGCCUGGAAAACGUUUUCCGUCCAAAAUGUAUCUUACGCACAUGACAUUCCCCCAUCUCGUAAGCUCAAUAUCGUAAUCUCCACUACUUUCUACUUGUAUUUUGUAAUGUUUUUACAAAGAAACACUAGUUUUAGUCGCCAGCAGGCUUACAAGUUUUUAUUGUAAUGCAAAGAAAAUUAGAACAUUUUUGUAAUUGAAAUAAACGAUUUAUACACCAA